CCAGGAAACAGACACAGAGCGAGCUACCAUAACGUGACGACUUUAAGAUGACUCGGAGCUGUCCAGGCUUCAUAUCUUGCUGUUCAGUCUCUGGUGGGAUUAAAUCAUUCAUCAGCUGAGGCCUGGUUAUGAAGACAAAUCGUGCAGCGCUAGAGCUGUUUUUGUUUUACCUUCUGGUUCACAACUAGUUUAAACAGGUUCUCAUUCUGGUUAGGACUUUUCAUAUCAACACGUCAACUGUCUCCAAAUCAUUUUGACCCCCUCACUAGGUUCUAUGAUUGUCUACAGGAAAAGAUAAGAGGAUGAAUACUUCCUCAAGAUCACAAAUUUUACAGGAGCUGAAUGCACGAUAUCAAGCUCUAGCUGCUAAAAACAACCAAGGCUUUAAAAAAGAGUUUGGGGAGCUGAAUGAGGUCGGCAAAGAUCUCCCCACUAAAGCAGGUGGCUUGGAGGCCAACCGCGGAAAAAACAGAUAUCCCCAGAUUCUGCCAUAUGAUCACUGCCGAGUGAGGCUGUCCAUUCAAGGUCAAAACCCAUACUCUGAUUACAUCAAUGCAAGCUUUGUGCCUGGAGGAGGAUCAGAAAGAGACUUUAUCUGUACCCAGGGUCCUUUGCACAACACAGUAGCUGACUUCUGGAGGAUGGUGUGGGAGCAAAAUGUCAGAAUACUCGUCAUGGUGACAGCGCUCCGAUACAAGAACACGGUGCUUUGUGAUAAGUACUGGUCUCUAGAACCAGGUACUGUUCUUCAUGGGCUGAUCCAAGUAACAACAGUGACUCGUAAACAAGGUCCGGAUUAUUUUAUUACCGCCAUUAACCUGCGGCAGAGAGGCUGCCCAACUGACAGGAUAGUCACACAUUACCACUACCCCUCCUGGCCGGACCAGGGCGUCCCAAACCUGUCCUCGCUCUGUGCUUUCACUGAGCAUGUGCAUCAGCAUUUAAGAGCCAUUCCUCAUCUGGGGCCAGCUGUGGUGCACUGCAGUGCAGGAAUUGGCCGGUCAGGAACAUUUGUGACUUUGUUGUGGCUGAUGCAGCUGUGUGUGAGAGGAAUCCAGCCGGAUGUCAGAGCUGCUGUGGAGGACAUGCGGCUGCAUCGAAUGUGGAUGGUCCAGACUGAAGAGCAAUACGUACUAAUCUAUCAGUGUCUGAUACACUGGAUCAGCGGAGGAGCCUCGACAAGCAAGCCACAGAUGCAGGGAGCCGGUGUGACCCCUAGCCAGCAGAUUAAGGACCGAUCUCACAGUUCUUCAGAACAGCGGGACAGAGCAGGGAGGAGGCGACAACACAGACAACAGCAGAAACCUGCACUGGAACAACCACAGAACACAAUGCAACAGAUUUUACACCCUGGAAACCUUUUGAGAAGGUUACUGCCCUCCUUAUCACCGAUGAACCAGGCCUCACACAGCUCCUGAACCAGCAGACUGUAUAACAGAUGUAUAAAUGACUGCAAGACUUUUUAAAUCUCUCUUAAAGUUCCCUCCAUCUAGAUAAAUGUUGGUAUGGCAGAAUAGAUUGUAUUGUAACCAAAAAAAAAAAAAAGAAUGGUACCAUGGUAAUGAUGCAGAUCAGGUCAAACCUGUUAUUCUGCAAAUCCCAAGAUUCGUGAGAACCAGAGCUGCUCCCUCUGCACAAAAUGUUUUAAGGUUGAUAGUGGGCGGAGUUGCAUUCCGUUUUUUUUUUUACUUCCAAUACUGAUAAAGUGCUGUUCUGAGAAGACUUUUAUUAAGAUUUUUUUCUAAAAAAAAAAUGAAAAUAAAAUAAUCACUGUGCAUGUUUUUAUAUAGCUCAAUGCACACUAUCAGUACUUCAAGAUGCAUGUGCAGAAUUGACACCAGAAAGGCAGACACAUGGUAUAGUGGCUGUACAAAAAAAAGAAAGAAAAGAAAGUCAUAUUUCAAAAACACAGGCACUCCUUAGAUGACUAAAACCCAGUAUAGUACUUUGAGAGAUUAUGACUAUUAUACAUUAUAGAACAUUAUGGGCUAACCCACUUUUUAGACUCAUUUGUCGUGUAGUACAGUGGAUUUUAUGUAUGUAUGCAUGUGUAAUAUAUAUAUAUAUAUAUAUAUAUAUAUAUAUAUAUAAACAAACAAACAAACACACACACACAUGUACAUGUAUAUAUGAUACAACAGAUCCCUCUCCAGGUUAAGUCUGACUUCUUGAUGUCCUGAGAGAGGGAGAAGAGAAUCCAGCAGAGGUCAGCACAUUCCACCCUCAGUCUCAUCUCUAGCGUGCGCUACGAGCUGCCGGUUGAGUGGUGACAGCGUGUUUCCAUGUAGUCCAAGGUAUUAAGUCAUUUACAUCCUGAUGUGAUGCGAAAUGACACUGCUGAGCUCCAACAAUUGUCUCCAGAUUCCAAAGUGUCCAAAUGAUGAAUUGGCUCAAUGCAGACAAAAAUGAAACGUCUAGAAAAAGAGAACUUGCCACUAAAAAUAAAAUGUAGCCCAAGUUUGGCUACUUGCUGCAGUUUUAAUACCACUGAGGAAUUCAUCGUGACCAUUUACAGUGACCAAGGCAGAUGACGGGAAAAACAAAGACAGGAAAGCAGCAUAGCCCAGGCUGACCCCCCAAGAAAAUAUAUUACAGCUUAAAAUGACAAAAUUCAACAAUUAUUUCAGACUACUGCUGAGGACAACCAGUUAAAAUAACAUUUAAAUUAGAGUUCAGGUCUGAUAAUAAAAAAAGAUUAGACACUACAUCCUUUGGCCAAAACAAAAAGAAAAGCACAAAAGAUGGGGAUUGUCUCAGUGAGACAAAUCAAGUUCUAUAUUAGUUGUAUGCGUAUGUACAGUCCGUGAGAGCGUGUGUAAGACGACACACAGUGAUUACAAACAUAUACAUGCCACCCCUAAACACAACAGGUUAGGGGUGAGAACAGAAAAGGAGUCAUAAUCAGCAAUCAAAGGCCAAGUGAAGAAGAGGAAGAGUCUGGUCCAUUUUUUUCUUUUAAUCCUCUUCCGGUCCAACUAAUGUACACUCUCUGACAUAUUAAUGGCUUCCUGGAUUUCGCGAACGAUGAGGAUGCGGGACAGCAUCUGCUCCAGCUGCUCUUUUGGGAUUGGCUGAGUUGAGUACCAGAUGGGGCUGUUCGGAGCCACCACAGGCUCAGGAGUCAGGUAGAAGGUGUCAUUGCGACCUUUAGCACUCUGCGGGCUGAAAAAAAAACCCAGAACAUUGUGUGAGGACAUUUUCAGAAUGCAAUGAUCAUUAAAAGCCAAAGAUAUCUGCUUGCCAAGAGAGCUGAGGUGGGUAGCCUUGUUUUAUAAAAUGCAUACUUCUCUUAACAGCAGAUAGUCUUCACAUGUAAAAUCCUUUAACUUAUUACAUCAAUUCAUUUUGAAAUACAGUUGCCAAAAUUAUCAAAAGUAAUGAAAUCUAAUACACCACUUUACGCAAUGAUGGACAAUUUUUAAAGACCUGAUAACUUUACAGAUAGGUCUGAUGAGUUUCACAUCCAGAUUUUGCAUUCAUUUGUGUCUUCACUGUCAUUUACUGGUGUCUAUAAUAAGUUAAGGUCAACCGAAACCAAGUUAAAUAAAUGAAAAAGUGGAUGUAUAUGAACAAAUGAAAUGAGGUCCAAACAAAAACAUAAAACAUCUUGAGCAGUGAUAAUAAUCACUGCUUGUUUUUUCUUAUAUGCAUCUUCCAUUUUAUCCCAACUUUUCCUGAUUUGAGGCCGUUUAAAAAGAUUGUAGCCAAUUACUUCUGAACAGCAGGUUAUAUGGUUGGAGAGGAUUGUUGUUUGAAAGCUCAACAAAAAAGUUAUAAAUACAUUUGCGAUUUUUUUGUUUGUUUUCUUUGAACUAUAGAUGGGAUAUGGCCCAACUCCCAUGUGGUUGACUAUUGAUGUAGACCCCACGUACUGGACAUUUAGACUUGGCAGUUAUGAAGUCCUGGACUACUUUUGUUUCAGCUGUUUUUAUUCUUAACUGAUAAAGUGGUGGUGGAAAGAAAAGGUACAGACAGUGGAUCAGCAAAGUUAUAACACCCCCCCAGAUAGUAAGCACUACUCUGAUCACCACCGCUUGGUGACGCAGUUUUAGAGGGAAGCUAGUGGUUGUUUGCUAAUUAUUUAGCCAUAUCAGCUUUGACAAUAUGACUACUGCAUUUAUUUCACCAAUGUAUACAUACAUACAUAUAUUUUAUGUCAGCAUUAUCUUAAAUUCAUCUUAAAGUGUAGUGAGUGCUACUCGUGUAGAUGUGCAUUUGCAUUCAAAGUUUUCCCUCAUGUGGCUGACAAGCUUCUAAAAUACAUCUCAAGGUGAAUUUACUCAGACUCCUUGGCCACCAAUAAGGUCAACUAAUACUCUUGGUUUACACCCCCAGGCAGGGAGUGGUUGUGUCCGUCUACAAGGACACAACUCAAGGUGAUCCCAGCACUUCAUCUUUUAGGGGUUUUGAAAUUGUGACUUUUUCAAAUGUUGAUAUAGCAUGAUGCUGGUAACCUGCCACAUCUAAGAGGCACCGAAUGGUAAUGCAAACUGGUCAUUUUACAAACAAAUAUUGGAUUUCUACAUCUUAUGCUUCAGUGUUAAAAAAUGUAAGCUAACUUUAUGAAAAAGGUGUUUUACAGUCUGGCUUUUUGGUCUGUGUUUCAUAGAUACCCCCCGUCAUUCCUCAAAUGGUUAUAUAUUUACCAUUUGAAGAGGUAGAAAUCAUAAAGCUUGAUGGGACACCUCAGUGGGUUCUCUGGGUCUUCCAGCUGUUCUGCAUACAUGUCAUCUGUAACUGAACCAAAAGAACAAUAAAUAUAAAUACACAAGUUCUUUCAUUAAAAAGGAUACUAGUGACAUUUCAGCAUAAUUUAGAUCCAUGUAU